UUCCUGCCCCCCUUCCUGCCUGUCCCGGUGCCCGCAGCCCGCAGCGCGGGGUCGGAGCCGCCGUACAGCGAGAGGGCGCCUCUCCCUGGCGCGGUGUUUAUCUUCGCCCUCAGCCCGGGCCCGGAGACGGGACAGAGGGUGAGGAACCGGGUUCCAAGCCGAGCCGAGGUUUGCUGCUGAUAGCAGAAGUAAUUGCCGUUACAAAAUUGACAUCUUUGAUUGAGUAUUGAUAUGGACAGUGUUUCCGCAGGCUCUUCUCUGCAGUUUCUCGCCAAACUGCUUUGUGAUGGUCAGGAAGAUGAUGAUGAUGAAGAAAAUGUGCCACACUGUUCCGUUAGCGCUAUGACUCCUGGUGGUAUUGGACCAGUAAAGAAAGAGGCCACUGGUUCCUUUCAAGUGAAAUCUGAAAACAGGAAUACUAUUUGGAAUACGGAGGAAGUCCCAGAAGGAUCUGAAUUUGAUGAUACCUGGGACCCUAGAGAACAGCCAGAGUAUCAGAUUUUAUUCAAACAGUGUGUGGGAACAGAGGACGUAUUCUUUGGGAUGAGCAGGAAAGACCCCUCCACAGCCUGCUGUGAAGAUAUGGUGAUUAAAAUCAAGCUGCCAGAGACAAAGUACUCAGACAUCACUUUAGAUAUCCAGGACAAGGUUCUUGACCUUCGAACUCCCAAAAAGAAGCUGCUGCUGCACCUCCCUUACCAUGUAGACAGCAAGAAUGGUAAAGCUCGUUUUCUUUCUGAAGAGGAGACCUUGGAAGUAACCUUGAGAGUAUCAAGGGAGUUUGAUUUCAUAAAUUUUGCCUGAUAGACAGAGAAAUGGAGAAAGUUUGCAAAAAUCUCUCAGUUUGAAGUCAUCUUGAAACUGGUGAUGUAAUAGUAGAUUGUUUCCUUUGAACAGUGUAGGGGAAUAUCCUUGGAAAAAUGGAAUAAGUCAGGAGGAACAUAGCACCUGAAGUUUCUCUAAGCUGAGGCUGUCCUGCUCUUACGCUGCUUUGGUUCAUGUCCUGCUCCCUUCAGACUGAUACAGGCUCUGUAAAUGAGAAAAUGGGAGAUUACGAUUCUGUAAGCUAGAGAAAGUCUUUUUUGUGGCUACGGCUGGUAAGUAGCACAGUGAGGCUCUGGCCAGUGAGUCUUGCGCUUAGUUACUGUUGCAAGACUUCAAGUGGUAAUAUUCUUGCUUGGCCUCCAAUGCUAGGACAGGCUAGUUCAGCAUCUCCUCUUAGCUACUUCUUGAUGAGAAGAUCAAAGCUCUUCAGGGAUCUGUAUCCACGGAUCUGAGGCUCCUUUACACUGGCUGAACAACGUAACCAACUAUAGUUAGACUGUUGAGUAGCUCAGCUCUUUUCUGUCAAUGUAUGGUUCAGUGUCAUCUAUUCACCUGUUGUCCCUACAGUAUUUUUCUCAACUUUCUUAAUUAAU